AUGCAGGCUGCCCACUACGAACAGCAUGUUGCUCCUGGGGAGUCGCCUGUCUACACCGACCAUCGUGCGCUUCAGGAGCUGUCCCCCAGGACCUCGGUUCCCAAGAACGUCGCCUUCGAGCUACUACUUGAUGAGAACUCCAAGGUCCGGGCCCGCAUACCGAUGCGAGUCCAGAUCUAUCCUCAUGACACCACGGACUCCAUCGUGACCACGGUCAAGAAUUUUUACGGCAUCUACGAUGGCGUUGCCAGCGGCGUCAGCUUCGAGGAUGAGCAGGGCACCACCCUCAUUGCCAGGUAUGAGAACCUAAGGAAUAACAUGACUGUCUAUGUGCGGGUCAUCCCCGUGCAAGCCUACACCGAUGCCUACGGCGAUUCUUUCUAUGGGCAGUUCCCCGCAGAGAAUCGCAAGCGUCCCAGUCUGGGCGAACCGUUCCAGUUGGCGCCGGCCAUGGCGCCGGCGCACGCCUUGGAACAUGGGCAACUGCCAUCCCGUCCGGCCUCCCGUCUCGCUCGCAAGCGCAGCAUCUCGCCGUCCGGGCGGAGCCGUCGGAGCGCAUCCCAACACAAGCUUACAUCCCGGCCCGGCAACAAGAGCAGGGGGUCCAGCACCCAUGGCAGCUUCCAUGAGGAUGGUGGCUCCGGCUACAGUGACAGCGAGGGCGGCUACUCGGGGACGAAGAAGUCGCGAACCGAGCUGUUUGCCAGUUCGGAUAUCAGCAUGGAGAACAUCCUCCAGGAUGGUCGUCGGAAACGGCCCAAGUUUGAAAGCUCGGAAUUGCCUUUGUUCGUUCCUCCCCAGGUGCCUCUCACCACAUCUACCUCCUCGAUCUCGCCUCAGCGCCGGUCUGUCGGUCAAGAAGGUGCCAUCUCGCCGUUCGCGCGCCCCACGCAGCGCCCCUACACCACCCAGCAGCCAUUGCCCUCUCCGCAGAGCUAUGGAUAUAAUGAGCAGGCCUACAGUCUCAGUGCCGCGCGGAAUCCCGUCUACGCCACCCCCGUGGUGCCCGAGCACGGCCACCGGCUGCGCGAUCGGACUACCACCCAGUCGUCUGGGCAAUACAGCAACCCGGCCGGUCGGAGUGGCGGGCCCGGGAUCCUCCCCACCCCCGAUCCCACCAUUGCCAGCUGCAUCUCCGAUGAGGAUGUUGCGAUGCAACUGAUCCGCCUGGGCGACGCAUCCAAUUUCUCGCACGGUCGGACGUCGGCGUCCACUCUGGACGAUGCCUUCAGCGGGGCCGCCGACGCGGCAUCGUCGACGGGUGCGACCAGCGAUGGAGACGACUACAGCGACGAGGACGAUGAUCUGCCUGCACGGACCAAGCAGAGACUGGACUCCAGCCCCAUGCUCCCCCCUGGUGCGACCAAACACAUGCACAAGCGGCUGGACGACAUCCUUCCCAGCUUUGACAGCUCGGAUGGCAGCUACGAUGGCUACGAUGAUGAGUACCAUCAAGAGGACCUGCACGAUGGGCUGGUGAAGAAUGAGAAUGACGAGGACUCGCUGUACAAGCAGUGCGCUCCCAAGUCCAAGAAGGCGAAGAGCCACCGUGCCCCCAGCACCGCCCCUGCCAAAGCGCGGGGACCCAAGCCGGCACCGGCGCGCCCCAAGAGCAGCAAGCCGACGGCCAAUGGAGUGUCGCGCAAGGUGAAAACGGCGUCCCUUCCGGUCGCUCCGAAGGUCUCCGUGUCGCCGCAGAUGAUGAGCCCGCCCCCAGUCCGCAAGACGUCGACCUCGUCGGUCAACUUCCAGCAUCAGCUUGCCGCGGACGAAGAGGACCUGUCGACCAAGCCGCGUUGCCAGCGGUGCCGCAAGAGCAAGAAGGGCUGCGACCGGCAGCGGCCUUGCGGACGGUGCAAGGAUGCCGGCAUCGGGCUGGACGGCUGCAUCAGUGAGGACGAAGGCAACGGUCGCAAGGGCCGCUACGGGCGCCACAUGGGGGUCCCCGUCAAGAAGUCCUUCGAUGCGUCCUCGGAUGAGGUCGAGACGCAAUCGAUCGUGGCGGCGCUGCCCGUAUCGUCGGCGGUCACGGCAGAGAAGAACAAGAAGCGCAAGCGCUAG